AUGGAGUACUACAGAAAACACCUGUCGGGAGGAAAUUCAUGUUAAGACUCUGGAGUCAAUUUAUCGCGUAGCGAAAUAAAAACGAUUUGCAACACCUCACGCUAGGCGCAUUCAUUCACUCAUUCACUUACAUCGUCGUUUUUUUGAGUCAGAGUCAGAUACCGAACACUAGGAAAUAUUAGAACUUGCUUCGUAAUAUGAUUUUGUUGCUGCGAUCUAAAAUGCGCAGUUAUAAGUGCUUUACUUAUAUAUAGUUUCCUUACAAGUAGUAUGAACUCGAUUUUAUGCAUCUGCAUUUUUCUAAUCUGCGUGGCUCCAUGCGAAACCACUGAUCGAGCUGGAUGCAUCCGGAUUGGGAGACAUGAAAGAUCAUCUCCUAUCAAACGCCAAUAGCAAAUACCUCGCUUUUGAUUAAGGCUUUUCAUCUCUUGGUAUGCAUCGAUCUUGAGGGAUACUCUUGAUCUUCAGGAUCUAUGUAUCACUUAGUUUGGUAUGCAUUGAGGGAUACUCUUGGUAUGCAUCGAUCUUCAGGAUCUACCAGGAGAAAGCAUCCCUCUAUGCAUCGAUCUUCAGGAUCUAUCAGGAGAAAGCAUCCCUCCGACCUGGUAGGGCCUUUUACGCUGUAAAUACAGCAUAGUUCUUUCCACCAGGAUGAUCUACUUGUUCAGGGGUGGAAGAUUGUUCCCAAAAGUAGAGGAUCUUCUUCUAAUUGUGACAGAACGAGCUCACCCGCAGCCACUUCAAGUGGCUAAACCUCACUGUGGCCGCUGAUGUGGUCCAGGAGCACCUCGAUCGGAUCAAUUCAGUAGAGGACGCUUUAUUACCGCCACCGGAACGAGAUGACCCGGAUGUGGUGUACAGAACACGGCUCCUAGAUUU